AUGUCACUUUUCAUCCCAAAGUUGACGUUAUUAUGCGUGUUGAUGUUAUUAUGUGUUGAUGAUAUUCUUGGAAUUGGAACACAUGUGAAUGUUACUAACUCUUUGAAAGGAAACUUAGAUUUAACUCUUCAUUGCAGAUCGGGAGAUCCAGGGAGUUAUGAUCUUGGAGUUCAUGUUCUUAAACCUGGUGCUACUUUUAGUUGGAGAACUAGUUUUGAAGUUGAUGGAAGAUAUUACUAUUGCGAAUUUCAAUGGAAAAGGGAAACACAUUAUUAUGUUAUAUACAGAGUUGAUAGAGAUCUAUCAACUUGCAGAUCUACUUGCAAUUGGAAUAUUACACAAUCAGGACCAUGUAAGGUUAUAUCUCCCCAUAAGUCGAUUUGCUAUUCUUGGGAUCCAUAA